AUGAAGAUGUAUGAUGAUGAACGUUGGGCUAGUGAGCAGCGCAAGCAGUUUAAGAAAGAUGGUCAGGAUUCAAUUUUAGAAUCUGAAUCGGAUGAAUUAUUAACUAAUCCAUCUUUUUGUAAAGUGGAUUCAGAGAUUUUGAAUUCACUUUCCAUUUGUAAUUCUGGGAUUGAUUUUGGAAGCGUAACAGGAUUAACAGACAAUUUUUCUUCUGCUUGUUUAGCAGACAGUUUUUCUUCUGCUUUCUUUAGAAGAUCUUUUAGAGCUGCAAUGAACUCAGAUCGAUUAUCUUCUGGCUCCUGUUGUGCAGUUCCAGUUUCAAAACCUUCUCAAAUUACAAAACCUGCACAACAGGAGCCAGAAGAUAAUCGAUCUGAGUUCAUUGCAGCUCUAAAAGAUCUUCUAAAGAAAGCAGAAGAAAAACUGUCUGCUAAACAAGCAGAAGAAAAAUUGUCUGUUAAUCCUGUUACUGUUAAGAAUAAAACUCCUCUUACAAAGAAUUCAAAACAACAGGUUUUAAAGGAACAAAAACCCCAAAAAACCUUUGCAUUACAAAACAAACCGCUUCCAAAAUCAAUCCCAGAAUUACAAAUGGAAAGUGAAUUCAAAAUCUCUGAAUCCACUAAAUCAUUACAAAAAGAAGAAAUAGUCAUUCAAAAUUUGAGUACUAAUUCUUCAACUUCCUCUUCAAACUCCAACCAGGAGUCCGAAGAAAACAUACCUUUACAAAAAGAUGGAUUAGUUAAUAAUUCAUCCGAUUCAGAUUCUAAAAUUGAAUCUGAAGAAAAUGCAAAAAAUGUUCACAUGCUUUUAAAAAGUCAAGAAUUAAUCUUAGAUGUUUUAAAGCAUGAAGAAAAUCCUGAAAAUCAGAAAAAACUACAAAACCCUCCAGUCCAAUGCCUCCAAAGAGAAAUAAAAAUCACUAAGAAUGAGCUUAAACAGCUUAAGGAGAAAAAGGCACAGGACUCAAAAGCAAUCCAUCUUUUGUUUUCAAAACCCCAGGAAGAAUCUGAGAAAAAUAAAAAAAAUAGAGCAGAUUUGAACUGUAUUAAAGAAGGAAUUGUUCCAAAGAAAUUUCACAAAAAAAUCACAGAAAAACUUUCAGCUGCAAAUAAUUCAAAAUGGCUAUUAGCUAUAAGACGUAAGCCUCCAUAG